AUGGAAAAGGCAGUGGAUAACUCAGUCAGGACCUUUAUGGACAUGAUGCGAGUGCCAGUGCUGUUUUACAGGACCAUUGGCGAGGAUAUCUACGCUUAUCGAUCCACAAAUCCUUUGAAAUCGCUUCUGCUGAAGAUCUACUUAUAUGCGGGAUUUAUCAAUUUCAAUUUGCUAGUGAUCGGUGAGCUGGUGUUUUUCUACAAGUCACUGCAGGACUUUGAAACCAUUCGUUUGGCCAUUGCCGUGGCUCCCUGCAUUGGAUUUUCACUGGUGUCCGAUUUUAAGCAAGCCGCCAUGAUGACUGGCAAGGAGUCGUUGAUAAUGCUGCUCGAAGACCUGGAGGACAUGCAUCCAAAGACCCAGCAGAAACAGAAGGCAUACAAAUUGUUGGACUUCGAAAAGACCAUGAAACGUGUGAUCAAUAUCUUCACGUUUCUCUGCUUGGCAUAUACGACCACAUUUUCAUUUUAUCCGGCCAUUAAGGCCACGGUAAAAUUUAAUUUUUUGGGCUACGACACCUUUGAUCGAAACUUCGGUUUCCUCAUCUGGUUUCCCUUCGAUGCCACUAGCAAUAAUUUGAUUUACUGGAUCACAUACUGGGAUAUAGCUCAUGGAGCUUAUUUAGCGGGCAUAGCUUUUCUCUGCGCGGAUCUUCUGCUCGUUGUGGUCAUUACACAGAUCUGUAUGCACUUCAGUUAUAUAUCGCUGUGUUUGGAGGAGCAUCCCUGUAAAUCGGACAAGGACAGAGAGAAUAUAGAGUUUCUCGUUGGCAUUAUCAGGUAUCACGACAAGUGUCUUAAACUCUGCGAACGCGUUAAUGAUAUUUACAGCAUCUCGCUGCUCUUAAAUUUCUUGAUGGCCUCGAUGCAGAUAUGUUUUAUAGCCUUUCAGGUCACCGAAUCCACCGUGGAAGUUAUCAUUAUCUACUGCAUAUUCCUGAUGACCUCGCUAGUACAAGUAUUUUUAGUGUGCUACUAUGGAGACAUGUUGAUUGCCACGAGUCUGAAAGUGGGCGAUGCCGCUUACAAUCAGAAGUGGUUCCAGUGCAGCAAGUCCUAUUGCAGCAUGUUGAAGCUUCUAAUUCUGCGAAGCCAGAAGCCAGCUUCAAUAAGACCGCCUACACUUCCACCCAUUUCCUUGGUUACCUAUAUGAAGGUCAUCAGCAUGUCGUAUCAGUUUUUUGCCUUACUGAGGACCACAUACAGCGAUAAUUGAAUAAUCACAGCGCCUCUCUCCGCGCUUCUCAAAGCAUCCACUUGGUGGGAAUCGAUUCGUUAAUAGGGAUUUUCAACAUCUCUUCAAUAAUCUCCCUUACACCGCUCUUCCCUGCAAUUCAACGCCAAUCGCUACAUCUGAAGCAUUCGAACUUAAUGACGCCCUCGACACGCUUUGAUAAUAUUUAAUUAAAAAUCGCAUUUAAAAUUAAUAAGCUUAAAUGGAGACCAAUAGCGCCUGGCCGAGCACAAAAAUCCGGCAGCAGUAGAGGCACACGAGGCAAACAAAAUAAUAUUUUUUUCAAAAGGAAUAUUACAGCACCGUUCACAAAAAAAAAGCGCCAAGGACCGGGGCGCAAAUAAAAGCAGAAAUGGGGGUCCCAUCCCCCAAAAAAACACUCCCGCUCUGACCUGGUAAUAAAAGGAACAACAUAAAACGCAAUCACAAUCAUCGACAAUAAUCUGGCAGCAACAACCAACAAAAAAAUGCUUAUUAUAAAAUUUCACAGUUUUUCAAUGAGCAAAAAUGAAGCGGAGCGGGCGUAAAAAAAAUGGUCGAGAGUGCGGGGGUGGAAUGGCAAUGGCUUUUCAAAAUCAUAAUGGCAGCUAGUAACAAGAGUUUUGUGUGCAAAUAAGUGGGCGAGGGUGGUACGAAAAUUUGUUUUGCCAUGGCGGCCAACCGAUCAGAGUCGGAGCUGGCAAAUACCACGUCAGCAGGAGACGUCCUCCGUCUCCACAGCCCUGUGCACAGAGAAAAAAAAAUGGCAAGUACAUCCGAAUUUAAUCUGAAGUCCC